UAGUCCAGAAGCAGAGAAAGAAGAAAAAGGAAUCGGAGAAGAACAAUGGCUUCAAGACCCAUCGUACCCCAACAAGCUAGAGGUGAGGCAGUUGGAGGAGGAAACAAGCAGAUGAAGAAGAACGCCGCCGGUGAAGGUAGAAACCGUCGUGCCCUCGGGGAUAUUGGAAAUCUGGUUACUCUUCGAGGAGCUGAAGGCAAGCCCCAGCCUCAGAUUUCUCGUCCCCUCACAAGGAGUUUCUGCGCACAAUUACUCGCGAAUGCACAAGCUGCAGCCGCCGCUGAGAACAAGAAAAAUGUUUGUGUUAAUGUGGAUAAAGCAGCAGCUCCUGUUCUUCUCGAUGGAGCUGUGGUGGGAAAAAAGGCGGCUGUUCCCAAACCGGCUCAGAAGAAGGUGGUUAUGAAGCCAAAGGCAACGGAAGUAAUUGAAAUUAGUCCUAAUGCAGAAGAUGAGGUUAAGGAUAAGAAGCAAGAGAAGGAGAAACAAGAGAAGGUGAACAACAAAAAGGAAGGAGAAGGAUCAUCCAAGAAGAAAGCUCCCACUCUUACUGCCGUCCUUACUGCUCGAAGCAAGGCUGCUUGUGGCAUUACAAAGAAACCAAAGGAGGAGAUUGUUGAUAUUGAUGCAGCAGAUGCUGGCAAUGACUUAGCUGGGGUGGAAUAUGUUGAAGACAUUUACAAAUUCUACAAGUCCGUUGAGAAUGAAAGCAGGCCUACUGACUACAUUCAUCUCCAAACAGACAUGAAUGAGAAAAUGAGAGCCAUUCUUGUUGAUUGGCUUGUUGAUGUCCAUCUCAAGUUUGAGCUUUCCCCUGAAACCCUCUAUCUCGCCAUCAACAUAGUCGACCGGUUCCUCUCUGUUAAGAUUGUGCCUAGGAGGGAAUUGCAACUGGUUGGUAUGGGUUCCAUGCUUAUGGCCUCAAAAUAUGAAGAAAUCUGGGCCCCUGAGGUAAAUGAUUUGGUGUGUAUAGCAGAUAGAGCAUACACUCAUCAACAGAUACUGGUCAUGGAGAAAACGAUACUGGGAAAGCUGGAGUGGACCUUGACAGUUCCCACACAUUAUGUGUUCCUUGUUCGUUUCCUCAAGGCAUCCAUUCCUGACGAGAAGAAGAUAGAAAACAUGGUUUUCUUCCUGGCUGAGUUGGGUCUGAUGCAGUAUGAGACCAUAAUGUUCUGCCCAUCAAUGGUUGCUGCCUCAGCAGUCUACGCAGCACGAUGCACUCUGUCCCUGAAGCCUGCCUGGACUGACACCCUUAAGCAUCAUACUGGUUACUCAGAAGCACAACUGAUGGAUUGUGCUAAGCUGCUGGUGUACUUCCACUCAAAGGCUGCAGAAAACAGGCUUCAGGCUGUGCAUAGGAAGUACUCAAGUACUAUACGAGGAGCUGUCGCUUUGCUGAAACCGGCUCAGUCUCUAAUGUCUCCUGAUGCUGUGAAGAGCACAGCUUAGCUUCUUUGGAAUCAUUGUUUUGUGGUAAACAGUAACAAAGAAACCUCCUUUGUGUUUUUGAUUUGCAAAUGAAGAAAGAAAGCAAAAGGAAAGCACCUUUCCGUAGUGUCUCCUACUGGGAAAUUAUUAAAUUCAUUCUCGUUUAAUAAUAAUUGGAUGCUCUAUGC